UUCGUGGUGUGUGAUUCGCCUUCUAAAAAAGUGAGAAAAAGGUUUUCGAUUGCAACAGAAAAGUGUAAUAACUUUUUCCAUUUCCAAUAAAUAAAGAGUGCGGCCGCAGCAAGCAAAAUGACGGCUCUUACCGCGGAAGAAAAGGAGCAGCUAAUCGCUCGCAAUCUGCAGGAAGUGCUGGGUCAGGAUAAUAUGCGAACCAUUCUGAAGGAGCGUGAUUUGAAAAUAUACUGGGGCACGGCCACUACCGGUAAGCCACACAUUGCCUACUUCGUGCCCAUGUCAAAGGUUGCGGAUUUCCUAAAGGCUGGCUGUGAAGUUACCAUCCUGUUCGCCGAUUUACAUGCCUAUCUGGAUAAUAUGAAGGCACCGUGGACGCUUCUGCAGGAGCGAACAAAAUACUACGAAGCCGUUAUCAAGGCAAUGUUGACUUCGCUGGGUGUUCCAUUGGAAAAGUUGAAGUUCGUUCGUGGAACAGAUUAUCAACUGUCGAAGGAAUAUACGUUGGAUGUCUACAAGCUGUCGUCGGUGGUUACGCAGCACGACGCCAAGAAGGCAGGGGCAGAGGUGGUCAAACAGGUUGAGCAUCCACUUUUGUCCGGAAUCCUUUACCCAGGUUUGCAAGCUUUGGACGAAGAGUACCUAAAGGUGGAUGCCCAAUUCGGAGGUGUAGAUCAGCGGAAGAUUUUCACCUUUGCGGAGAAGUAUUUGCCUCAGCUGGGAUACGCAAAGCGAAUUCAUUUGAUGAAUCCAAUGAUUCCCGGUUUGGCCGGUGGUAAAAUGUCCUCCAGUGAGGAUGAUUCCAAGAUAGAUUUGCUCGAUAGUGCCGCCAAGGUGAAGUCGAAAAUUAAGAAGGCUUUCUGUGAACCCGGUAACAUCGAGGAUAAUGGACUGUUGAAAUUUGUUAAGCACGUAAUCUAUCCGAUGUUUAAAGCCGGUGAAGGAUUUGAAAUUAAACGGAAAGCUGAUUUUGGUGGGGAUCUAAAGUUUGAAACUUAUGAAGCUUUGGAGGCCAGUUUUGCAUCGCAAGAGUUGCACCCUGGUGAUCUGAAGGGAGCGGUGGAAAUUUACAUAAAUCGUUUGCUGGAUCCUAUUCGAAAAGCUUUCGACGAUGAUUUUCAUAGGCAGCUUACCGAAAGGGCUUAUCCAACUGGAGCGGUAGCUGGGAAGAAGGCAUCGGCGCAAGUUGCCGGAGAAAAUACACCCGACAAGGUUGAACUUAAGGUGGGUCAGAUUACGGAAGCGGUAAAACAUCCUGACGCAGAUAGUCUCUGUGUGCUUAGCGUGGAUGUGGGAGGUGAAGCGAAGAAAACCAUCGUCAGCAAUUUGAUGGCUUACUACCCGUUGGAGGAUCUGAUAAACCGUUCGGUUGUCACGUUAACUAAUAUGAAGUCGUCGAAAAUCCGCGGAGUGGAAAGUGAAGGUCUAGUGCUGUGUGCCUUCAAUCAGGAUAAAUAUGAGCCCCUAUCAAUUCCCGAGGGUGCCAAAAUCGGCGAACGUAUCAUUGUGGAGGGUUUCGACAACACUAACGCGGAAGUGGCACAGCUGAAUCCGAAAAAGAAGGUGUGGGAUAAGAUUCAGGCUGAGCUAAAGACCAAUUCCGAUGGCGAAGCACUGUGGAAAGACUUCUCUCUACUAACACUUAAUGGCGAUAAAAUUUGCUGCACGCUGAAAGAAUGCAACAUCAAGUAGACCUGUUCGGCAAGGUUUCUUCGAGAAUAUCUACGCAUUAAACUGCCAAUCGUACGUUCGAUCGUACAGAUUUGGAUUGAAAUAUGGUUUGUUACAGUUGUUCAUUUCUUUUUCGCAAUAUGCAGCUUUGUUUCGCAAACGUUAGAAACUACUACAAUCUCUGUGACAGAUAAGCAUUUGGAGUAAACGUUCUCU